UAUUUACUCUCAUUACAUGUAAAUGUGCAUUACGAUAAGGAAAAAAAAACCAGUCAACACAUUUAUUGCAGAAUCAUAGUGCAUUUUUGAGGAGAAAUACCUUAGUUUAUGAACUAUGCGUUACCGUAAUCCGUGCACGUAACGCGUAGGUCAAAAAGUAGAACUUCAUUUGAUUUAUUUAAAAGAAAUGAAUUCAGCAGUCGCACACACAUAUACUGGUCUUGAUUUGAACAACUAAAUCAGGAUGGACAUUAACAUGGACGAAUCUAACUUCAGACAGACUCAACCGAUUAUGUUUGAUGGAAUGGCCUUACCUCCUUUCCCUCCUCUAUUACAGGACGCAAAGAAACGAUUUGAGGAAUUAAGAAAUAUGGAGUACAGGAUGGACGAUAUUAUAUUAGCCAUUUAUCCUAAAUCAGGGACACACUGGGUGUGGGAGAUAGUCUGUAUGCUACUAAAACAAAAGGCAGAAUAUUCAAAAGAACCAAAGGAGUUAUUCUUUCUGGAAGCCAUGGCAGAUUUGAGCAUGGUAGAAAGUAUGGAGUCACCAAGAGCAUUGAAUACCCAUCUUCCUCACAGGCUGCUCCCAAAGCAACACAUUGAGAAUGGCGGGAAAAUUGUUCAUGUGGUGAGAAAUCCAAAGGACGUUUGUGUAUCGAUGUAUCACCACAUGAAAAGUUCAGAAGAAAUCGGCAAAAUCAAAGACUUCGAAACUUUUUAUCAUACUGUGUUCAUGAAUCCAAAUGCAAAAUUAAUGGAUGGAUGGUUCAAGUACGAGAAAGAUUUUGAACAAGCUGAAAAAAAUAACACGGGUGGAACUAUUUUUUCUGUUCAUUACGAGAGCUUGAAAAAGAAUCCAAUAACAGAAAUCAGUCGACUUGCCGAAUUUCUGAACAUCAACCUAAAGGACCAAGAUAUAGCCGAGAUAGCUGAUAAAUGUAGCUUUAAAAAACUGAAACUCGCAAAUGAUACCAUGAAAGACCAUUCCAUACUGGAUAUAGGUGAAAAGUAUCCUGGUGAAAAAAUUAAAGAGUUUAUGUUCAGAAAAGGGGAAAUUGGUGAUUGGAAAAAUCAUUUCACCGUUUCCAUGAAUGAACAUUUUGAUGCAGUUUUCAAGGAAGAAAUGAAAGAUUCCAACAUUCGAAUUCAGUUUGAGUGAUGACUUCAGGAACAUGCAUGACGGGCAUUACCGGUUUUUGUCAGAUAGAGCAUUUCUAGUUUAUUACAUUUUCAACAUACAUG